AUGCCACAAGUAUACCGCAGACAUUCAGACUACAAUCCCCGCACGCCCGUCGUGCCCCGACGCCGCUCGAGUAUGGCGCCACCGGGCCCCCAGCCGACGGACGCCGACGAUUCCAUCGUCCUCGCCGACCUCGUGCGCACGGGAGAAGCCUCCCGGCUUCGAAGACGAGGCGCAAUGCGUCUCGACCACGGGCCAACCGCUCCUACCCGUGUACCUAUCCCCAGUGCAAGCACUGCCGGACCCAGUUCUUACGCACCAUCUGCGCGCCCUAUCAUCAUCGAGCCCUCUCGUACUCCGAGUCCUGAGCUCAAUCCAGACGACAACGGAGGAGACGAAUACACCUACACCGCCGGGCCAGCGUGGAGAGGCGUGGACGCCUUUCCCAGUCGCGACUCCGGACGCGCGGAGGGCGUCCAGACCGUGGAGAUAUUGAGCGAGAAUAUACAGGCUGGUCAAUCAUAUAUCCUGUACUGCGGAGGCGAAGACGCUGCUCUCUCCGACGACGAAGAGGACGAACGCCCGCCGCCUUUCCAGCCCUCCCUCUUUCCCAUCAUGCCACCUGCAGGCGGUCGCUCUUCAAGACCGCAGCGCAAGUCAAUACGAAAGACAAACGGCUGCGGCGCCCUCGUUCAUGUGCGUGCGUAUCCCCAGCGCCCACGCGGCGUAUGGAUGGCCAAGGAGGAGGCGUCUGAGACCGUGGUGGGUCUAGACGCGCAGUAUUGCGACCACUCAUCCAUGGACAAAAUGCUCAAGAGCGCGUGUGGCUGCAUCCGGGAAGGAAUAGGCUGUUCAGUCUGUGGGAACACGCUUGGAACGCGCUAUGUGCCCUGUCAAGCGGCCUCCGAGAGUUUCUUUUCUCCCAGCCCAUCGGCCUCCGCAGCGGCGCCGCCUCCCAGACCGAUGCGGCCAUUUGGGCCGAGCUAUUGGAACGCACGCCCAGCGUCGCAACAUCGGCAGAAUCCUUCGGGGCCGUCGCGCGUCUCACCGUCGUCGUACUACACGUUCUUCGCUGAUCGUGUGUCCUCCUCACCACCGUGCCAGCCUUCACACACAUCCGCGGUCUUUACCCCGGAGAUGUCUCGCAGAGCCCCGAGCCGCGCGGGCUCUCCUGAGGUCAUUGACUACGGAUACAGGUGGACGGCCUCUCCCAUACCGGCCGCCGCUGUUCUCCCCAGCGGCGAUACCUCCGCUAGCUCAAAUUUCGUGACCACCCCCCUUUCACCGGUCUUCACACUCCCGCCCCUCCCAGCCAUAACCCGUACACCCAGCCAGAUGCGCCCUCCGUCGGCGCCUAUACGUGUUCCGCGCGUAGCAUUGGAUAUACGCUCCGCCGACGGAGCCCUGGGCAAUUCAAGCGGUGAGUCCGGGUUGCAGCUGGGAAUGGAUGUCGACCCCGACGGGGUACCGCUGGUUGACAUGGAGGUCCCCGGCUCUCCGGACAAAGAGGGGAUGUCGUGGCCGGGACGUUGAACAUUCCCGCCGCACCUGCCGCUUCACACACAUUCCUCUCCCCAUAGAUGCUACGGACUCAGUAUGGUCCCCCGACGGACUCACGACCACGACGACUUUCUUGCUUAAACUUGUCAGGACGCAGGUGCACGAUGUUUCGCACGACGCGCCCUCCCCUAGCUCCGCAUUGUUAUAGGGCCGGGUGGGCGGUCGGUCGUAUGGUUUCCAUUCCCGUGCCUUUCCAUAGACCACUUUCGCAUCCUGUUUAUACCAUCAGCUCAUACCAUCUGUCCGUGUAGUAUAUAUCUUUGCUUACGCUAUGUACCUCUCGA